CUCCCAUCAUCCGCGGCCUUCCCUAAGAGUCUUCAACUUGCUCUGGUGCUGCCCAUCAUCCCCGGCCAUCUGCUCUCCCGCCCAAGUCCUUCGAGGUUCACUUGCGCAUCCCCGACUCUCUUGCCUUUUCCCCGCCGCUCCCCAGGUGAAACCAUGCAGCUUUUCAUUCGUGCUCAGAAUUUGCACACCCUUGAGGUGUCUGGACAUGAAACAGUAGCUCAUCUUAAGGCUCGCAUCGAAUGCCUGGAGGGCAUCGCCCUUGAGGAUCAAGUGAUUCUUCUUGGUGGGAUCCCCUUGGAAAAUGAUUCCGUCAUUGGUCAGUGCGGCGUCAAUGACCUUACAACUUUGGAGGUUACUGCACGCAUGCUUGGUGGGAAGGUCCACGGUUCCCUGGCUCGUGCUGGCAAAGUGAGAGGCCAGACCCCAAAGGUUGCUAAGCAAGAAAAGAAGAAAAAGAAAACCGGCCGGGCUAAAAGGCGCAUGCAGUACAAUCGCCGGUUUGUCAAUGUCGUGCCCGGUUUUGGUAAAAAGAAGGGACCUAAUGCCAACUCCUAAAGAGCCCCCAGUCAUAUAAUAAAUCACAUAUUUGCCUGGAC